AUGGCACCAGAAACGGAGUCCACAGAAUUUAUCCAACGGUUUCACGACAUUCAGUUCAACCAGGAUGCCUCAACCAAAUUAAUCAAAGAUCUGAUCGCAUAUUGCAAGCACGUUGAAACACUCACGAGCGAGAACCUGCGCCUCUCCAAGGAGAAUGACGGUCUGAAGAUCGACCUUGCCGGUGCUGCGGAUUCGAGAAGACAGCUUCAGCAGAGAGCGCAGGUUUAUGAAAAUGAAUAUUUUAGACUUAGACAGGGUCAUGUUUCCAACCCUUAUAUUGCAAUUCUCAUUGAUGGGGACGGCCUUGUUUUUCAAGACAAGUUCGUGAAAGGAGGUGUCGAAGGAGGCAAGAAGGCUGCGCAGGCUCUACGAGAUGCCGUUGCUGAGCAGUGCAAUGAGAUGGAAAUCUCGGCCAAGGUCGUGACCAGUAUUAGGACCCUGUCCAAAGCCCUAAUUCAAGAUGGAGUCAUCGAGCACUGGGCAGAGCUGAAGGAUUUCACCCUAGGCUUCACACAGUCGCAACCCUCGUUUGAAUUUAUCGACGUGGGCUGCGAUCGUGAGAGCGCAGAGACGAAGAUCAAGGAAACUACGAAAUGGCAUCUACAAAAUCUCAAUUGCCAGCAAGUCCUCCUCGGUAUAUCCCACGAGGCCUCAUAUGCUCCGUUCCUCAGCGACAUUCUCCAAAACGAGCUUAGUCGCCAACGCGUCACCGUGCUGGAAGGUGUUCCUACUGUCAAAGAACUGGUUGCUACCCGGGUCAACGUCUUCCGCAUGAAGCAUGAUAUCUUCCGCAGUGACAGGCUGCCUGACAUCAACGCAGCUUCCCCUGUCGAAUCUUCUCCUGACCUGUCCACGGCGGUGCCUCCUGCGCUUACACCUCCUGCGUCGGCUUCCACAGCUUCACCGUUCUCCUCAUAUGCGGAUAUUGCUCAAAAAGUGAAACCAGCCAGCCCACCACCGCAAAUCACGUUGCCAUUGGCGCCGCGAUCCGCAAGUGUCAAUCCUCGCUCGAAACAGGCGUCGCAGCGGCCGCAAACUCCGCAGCCAAAGUGGAAACCGGGACCCCGUGGCUACGACGAGCCAAUCGACGUCAAUCCCGUUGUUCUGGAGACCGUGAAGAAGCGAAAAGACAGCAGCAAGCUCUGCAAUAACCACUUCCUCCGCGGCCCCUGCACGAAGGGGGAUGGCUGCACCUUUGUUCACAAGUACAAGCCAACCCCUGAUGAGAUUGACGCAAUUGCCUUCCUGACUCGCCUCAACCCUUGUACCAUGCUUCAGGGUUGCGAAGCCGAAGAGUGCAUUUACGGACAUCAUUGUCCAAGCGUUAAGGACAACACAUGCACGCAUCCGUUUUGCAAAUUCCCGAUUUCUUCUCAUCCUCCCGGUACCAAAUUUAAGAACGUACACAUUGACAAGAAUUAG